CCCUCUGCACAGCCGGGGCCAGAGGCAGAGACGCCAUGACCCCCAUCCUCACGGCCCUGCUCCUCCUUGGUCUGAGUGUGGAACCCAGGACCCAAGUGCAGGCAGGGACCCUCCCCACACCCUCCAUCUGGGCUGAGCCAGGCUCUGUGGUCCCUUGGGGUAGCGCUGUGAACAUCUGGUGUCAGGGGACCCUGGAGGCCCAGAAGCUCCAUGUGUAUAAAGAGGAAGGCUCAGUGUACCUGGACAGACAGCCCACACUAGAGCCUGGGAACAAGGCCAAGUUCUCCAUCACAUACAUGACAGAUAGACAUGCAGGACGGUAUCACUGUUCCUAUCGAAGCCCCACUGGCUUGUCAGAGCGCAGUGACCCCCUGGAGCUGGUGGUGACAGGAUUCCAUAGCAAACCCACUCUCUCAGCCCUGCCCAGACCCGUCAUGACCUCAGGAGGGAAGGUGACCCUCCAGUGCACCUCAUGGACGGGAUUCCAUAGGUUCGUCCUGAUGAGGGAAGGAGAACCCAGACCUGCCUGGACCCUCGGCUCCCAGCGACACACCAGUGGGCAGUUCCAGGCCCUGUUUCCUGUGGGCCCUGUGACCCCCAGGCUCAGGUGGACCUUCAGAUGCUAUGGCUAUUACAGCAACACCCCCCACAUGUGGUCACUCUCCAGUGACCCCCUGGAGCUCCUGGUCUCAGGUAUGUCCAGGAAGCCCUCCCUCCUGACCCAGCAGAGCCCCGUCGUGACCCCUGGACAGAGGCUGACCCUCCAGUGUCGCUCUGACGUCGGCUAUGACAGAUUUGCUCUGUACAAGGAGGCGGCACGUGACCUUCCCCAGCACCUUAGCCUGCAGCCCCAGGCUGGGCUCUUGGGGGCCGACUUCCCCCUGGGCCCAGUGAGCGGCUCCCACGGGGGCCGGUACACAUGCUAUGGUGGACACAACCUCUCCUCCGAGUGGUCGGCCCCCAGUGACCCCCUGGACAUCCUGGUCACAGGACAGCUCCCCUCCACACCCUCCCUCUCAGUGCAGCCAGGACCCACGGUGGCCUCAGGAGAGAACGUGAUCCUGCUGUGUCAGUCCUGGAGCUUUGUGGACACUUUCCUUCUGUCCAAGGAGGGGGCAGCCGACCCUCCCCUGCGUCUUAGAUCAAAGUACCGAGCUGGGCAUUACCAGGCCAAAUUCUCCAUGAGUCCUGUGACCUCAGCCCAGGGGGGGACCUACAGGUGCUACGGCUCAUACAGCAACUUCCCCUACCUGUUGUCACACCCCAGUGACCCCCUGGAGCUCCAGGUCUCAGGAUCCUCUGGAGAGUCCAGCCCCCCAGCCACAGAUCCCAGCUCAACAGCUGGUCCCAACCGGUACCUGUACGUCCUCAUCGGGGCCGCGGGGGCCUUCGUCCUGCUGCUCUGCCUCCUCGUCGUCCUCCUCGUCCGUCGCUGGCGUCAGGGCAAAGGCAGGAAGCCGGGGGCCGCAGACCCAGAGCCCCAGGACAGAGGCCUGCAGGACAGCUCCGGGCCAGCUGCCGCCACCCAGGAGGAGACCCUCUCAGAUGCCGCCGUGCAAGACGCACAGCCCGAGGAGGGGGUGGAGCUGGACCAGCGGCAGGACUCGGAGGAUGGAGACCCCCAAGGAACGACGUAUGCCCAGGUGAGCCACUCAAGAUCAAGACUCAGUCGGGGACCGGCCACUUCUCCUUCCCCCCUGUGGGGGGGAUUGCCGGACACAGAAGACAAACAAGCAGAGCAAGACAGGCAGAUGGACAGUCAGGCUGCCGCAUCUGACGCCCCCCCAGAUGUGACCUACGCCCAGCUGAACCGCUUGACGCUCAGACGGGAGACGAGUGCACCCCAUUCCUCCCAAGCCGGGGAGCCUCCAGCAGAGCCCAGCGUGUAUGCUGCUCUGGCCAUCCGCUAGCCCAGGAAGGGCCCACAGCCCACACUCCAGGGAGGGGACCGCGGGGGCCCCAGGAGGCGCAGGAGCUGCCCACAGAGGCCGCCUAAUGGCCCCAGCCAGCUUGGACUCCUAACAUAGACCAGUAAGAACUCCUGGGACCCUCUGGGAGUGACCGGAUUCUGCCAUCAAAGAUAGCUAGAGCCCCUACAUUUUGGAAAAAAAGCAACAGACUUCUCGAUAAUCCGUGAGUGAAAUAAGAAAACCAAAAUGGAAAUGGGAGAAUGCUUACGCUGAAUAAUGUAAAUGUUACACAUCAGACCUAUGGCGCAGGAAAAUUAGCAACCAGGAACGAACGUAUUAGAAAAGAAAAAGCCUAAAAAGUCAAUGGCAUCAACUAUUGUACCAAGAAUUUAGAAAAAAUAGCAAAUUAUUCCAAAUGAAGGUAGAAGGAAGGAAAUUAUAGCGAUAAGAGUAGCUACUAAUGAAGACAAACAAAAAAUAGAGCAUAAUCAAUAAAGCCCAAAACGUUUAUUCGUGAAAACAUGAAACAUAUUCAUAAAUCCUAGCCACAAUGCCAAGAAAGACAGAGAGAGAGAGACAGACAGACAGACAGACAAAGAGGACAUUAUGAGCACAGCAUCACAUCCUAUAGACUUUAAAUACAUAACAGAAUUAUUGUUUAUUUUUAUUACUUAUUAUUAUAUUAUUAACGAUUUUGUGCUAAUACAUUAGAAAAUGUAGAGGAAAUGGACAAUUCUCAAAAAUGCAAAAUGAUGGAAUAGGGAUAAAUAGAAACUCUAAAUGCCGUAUGUAUAAAAUAUGUUGAAUACACAAUUAAAGUUUUUUCCACAAAGUGAA